AUGGGCUACUUCGACAGCAUUGAGCGUUUCUUGGGCAGGCUCCGUCGCAGGGGCUUCUUCUUGUACACUGCGUUCAUCGUGGCUUCCACGGCCUACUUGAUGUACUCGGUGUCCAACUUGCCGCCAGUUCCUCCGCCACCGAAGAGAGUGAAGGACAAGAAGCGCAAGAGCCGCAAGAACUCGCAGGCAGGCCAGGAAGAACGGCACAAGACUCGCCAGAGCUCACUGGACGCCAUUCAGGCAGAGCAGGCACCUCCAGCACAGUCUGGGCAUCCUGUGGAUACCUGGACCAAGCGCGAGUUGUACCGCUACUUGACCAACGAGAACGUGUACCCUGAAAUCAACGAGGACUUGGAGGUGGUCAGGCGAAAGGCUACAGAGGUGUACGAGCGCAAGCGCCAGCAGGCAGACGAGCUCAAGGCACAAGCUAACGCCCAGGGAGAACAGGCUACGUUAGCGCGCGAAGCAGCCGUGGCGGCAGAACGAGAGGCCUCGUUGGCUCAGGCAGCGUUCGCAGCCAGUUUUGGCGCUCCAGGGGAGUCAUUGGGCUAA